AUGUUCAAGCCAGGCGGAUUGUUCGGGCCGAAGCCGGGAAAGGCCGCUCUGGAUCAGGCAAUGGGCGGCUCAGCUUCCGCAGGUGGCGGCGGCAGCGGCGGCAGUAGUAGCAGCAACAGGGACGACAACAAGAAGGGGGGGGACGACAAGAGCUACGGCGGGUCGGGGUUCGAUCCCAGGGGCCUAGAACGAGCGGCCAAGGCUGCCAAGGUUCUUAAUGAGUCGCCCAAUGCGUCCAUGGCGCUGGACCUGAUCAAGCAGCAGGAGAUGACCAAGGCCGCGGAGCACCGCAAGCAGGAGGCUGAGUACGCCGCAUACGUCAAGCAGAUGGAGCUGCAACGCGUGGAGGAAGAGGCCGAGGCGGCGCGCAAGACUCUGGGGCUGCAGACGGAGGAGGACAAGAAACGGGCGCAGUUCGCGGACGAGCUCGAGAGGAAACGACACGUAGAUCAGGUGCAAGCCGACCGCUACAUGCGCGACGAGGAGAUGCGUAAGCAGGAGGAGCUGACCCGCAAGCAGGAGGCCGUGAGGCGAAAAACGCUCGAGUAUGAGGCGGAGCUGAGGCAGCAGACGGAGCUUGCCCGCGUCAAGGCCGAGACGGAGGGGAAGAUUAGGCAGGAGAGGGAGAACCACGACCUUAGACUGGAGGAAGCUAGGGAGGGAGCGAAGGAGUACCGAGACACGGUGCUGGAGGGGAUAAAGCUGGCGGGGGACACGCUAGGAGCUGGUCUGCAGGAAUUCUUGGGCGACAAGGACAAGAUGGUGGCGGCCACCGCGACGUUGACGGCCAUGGCCCUCGGCAUCUACACCGCUAGAACAGGCACAGGCGUGGCCGGGCGUUACAUCGAGGCACGGCUCGGAAAGCCUUCCUUGGUUCGGGAAACCUCAAGACGCACGCUUAUCCAAACCGUCCGCAACCCGAUCCCCACCAUGAAGCGGGCCUUCGGCAUGCACAAGGUGGAAGACGCCCUUAGCGGCGUUGUUUUGGAGAAGGGCCUCGAGACGCGACUGUCGAGAGUGGCUCAGUCGACCUUCAACACCAAGCGGAAUAGCGCGCCUUUCAGACACCUUCUUCUCUACGGACCCCCUGGUACCGGUAAGACUCUCUUCGCCAAGGGAUUGGCGCGCCACUCCGGCCUGGAGUACGCCAUCAUGACAGGUGGCGACAUCGCCCCGCUGGGAAGGGACGCGGUCACGGAGAUGCACAAGGUCUUCGACUGGGCUCAGGCGAGCCGUAAGGGCCUCCUGCUGUUCGUAGACGAGGCGGACGCCUUCCUUCGGCGGCGCAACACGGAGACCAUCAGCGAGGACCUUCGUAACGCCCUCAACGCCUUCCUCUACCGGACGGGAGAAUCGACGGACAAGUUCAUGCUGGUGUACGCGUCCAACCAGCCGGAGCAGUUCGACUGGGCGGUGAACGACCGCAUCGACGAGAUGGUGCCCUUCGACCUACCCGGGCGAGAAGAACGCCUGCGCAUGGUAAACCUCUACAUGAAGAACUACCUCCUCGACCCCCCGGGAAAAGCGAAGGUCAUCAGGGUCGACGGAAUCGAGGACUCCCACCUUCAAGACGUGGCGGACUUGACGGAGGGAUUUUCGGGGCGAGAGAUAGCCAAGCUGGCCAUCGCGUGGCAGGCGGCGGCGUACGGGACGCCAGACUCUUCCUUCAACGCGGAGCUAAUGACGGAAGUCUUGCAGGCGCACCUGCAGCAAAAGAGACAGAAGCAGGCCUGGCUCGAAGGGGCGCAGACUAGUUCAGGCGGGUUGAUCAUGCCACCCCCUUCCAAAACAGCGGGGGCGACCGUCGAGCCAAUCACACCACGGCUAGUGCGAACGCUCACGCAGGAUGCGGCAGAAGACGGCACGAAAGGGAACCCGAAGGGCACAAGCUAGUUGGGGGGAACCAUUGGGGUAGCGGGAAGGGAAGGGGGGAUGGUUGUAAGCCUGCUGGCAUUCAGUGAGGGCGCACCUGAUAUAUUUCGUUCCCGGGGUGCACCCCUUUUUUUUUGCUGUGCUCUGAUUCCGUACUCUGUGGAGUGUCGUAAUCUUGGCUCUGAGCACCACUCGCAGCUGCUUAAGUAUUAUUAUUGUGGGAUGUGCGGAAUCCAGCUUCGAUGCACAACGUAGGCUUCGACGGCAUGGAGGUAGGGAAGGUUUUCCGCUGUUCCUCUCGGAUGCGAUAAAGCAAUGGCAGACGUUACGUGCCUAUCCCAUGACUCUGGUCCAUGCACCGGAUAUCCAUCGAAAGGUGUGCCUUGCUCAAUGGACUAUUCCGCAAUGCCCUCUGACUUGACAUUCGAGUGCUCUCCAGCGGAAGAAAGUCUUGGGGGACUCCAUGUCGUGCGGCCACGUUUUCGGCCGCAACAACUGUUAUUGUCGCGUUCAUCUUUGAAUCUGCUGGGCGGACGCAAGCAACCGCUGUCACCUUCUGGAAACGUUCGAAACGAGCAAGCGCACCGUGAGGAAUCGAAGAGGAAAUUCGCAUUCAAGUCUUGUACCGCCAGCACCAGCAUCAGCACCAGCUCGAGCGCUUCAGUCGAACAUACUUUGUAACGCUGCGGGUCCACCCGAACACCUAUAUCACUCGC